AUACGCUGCGGGUAUAUCUGUAUCUUAACUUCAGUACUGAUUCGAUGCGUGGCGAGUGCUAAAGUGUCUGCUCCGUGGUAUGUCGAGCUUUGUGUCUGUGUGGCCCAUCGUUUGCGAUUUAUAAUUAAAUCACUGUAACAGGACAUCACACAAAAACCAGGCAGAGAACGAGAAAAAGUCCAAGCUUAAGCCCCCACCACCACCAAACUACAGUGCAGUGGCUGUCCACUUGGCUGCCAAAAGCAAAAUCACUUUUAUUGACAUUCAUCUUUGUCGCCUGUCGCCUGCCGCAGUGUUGCAGUGUCGGUGUCGGUUUCGGUGCCGUGCCGCUGUUCGUUGUGUCCCUAUCGUGGCACCCGUCGUUGUUCCCUUUCCUGUUAUCCUGUCCGUUCCCUCCGCGACGUGAAACCCUCCCUCCCGGUACAUCGUGUGUCGCGUGCUGCAAGUGCGUGGGUUUAGCCAAAUAUCCGGAUAAAGCGGUACACACACCGCGUGCGGAGAGAGAGAGAGAGAGAGAGAGCAGAGACACGCGUGUUGCUUUUGAUUUUUCGGUUAACGGCACAAAAAUUGGGUCUCGCUAAGAGUCGCACACACACACACACACACACACACACACACACACACACGACAAACGAAAAAAGAAUAACGGGUACACAUCUGCCAGGCAGCAAGGCAGGCAGCCAGCCAGCAUCCUCGUGGAAUCGGUGGAAUCCUCGCUGCUGUUCCGUUACAUGCAUUUGUAUUUGUGUGUGUGUGUGUGUGUGUGUAGCAGGGGGGAGCCGAAUCGUGUUUAAUGCAUUUGGCCCCCUCUCGACCAUCUCUUGGCCCUUGGCCUAAGCAAUUCAGAAAUAUGUAAAUUAUGUAAAAUUCGAUUGGAAUUUUUGUCAACGCGCACGCCGAACAUCAACAGCCAACAACCAACAACCAACAACCACAUGAACAUCAUUGCCAGCAGCAACAACAGAGAGAAUAGCGAGAAGAAGAAGCAGAAGCAGGCAACAAUAACGCGAAAUAGCAGCAGCAGCAACAGAGAAUAGAAGGAGCAUCAAAACAAGCAGAGCAACAACAACAACGCAAAGAAGAGCAACAACAAGGCAAGGGAAGAGUAACUGUAAUAGCAGAUUUAAAGAAUUUAAAAGAAAGGAUUCCCCACAGUACCAGCACCAGUACCAUUACCAGUCCCAGCACACAAAAAGAGGCAGGACUAACUUUCCUUUAUGCCAGGCAGCAAAUUAAAAGAAAAGAACUGAACACAAAACUCAAAAGAGGAGAAGGAGAAGGAGCUACAGCAAGAGCAAAAUCAAUAAGAUACGGAGGAGAGAAGAGUCGUGCAGAGAUCUUCUUUCUGCUUUCUGUUUUCUGCUUUGGUUGUGGCAAGUGUAGCCAAAGUGCUGAGUAAUGUGGAGUAAUGGAGACCUUUUUGCUGGCGGCGGCAACAUGAUGUGAAACAUGGCAAUCGAAUCAGCCAAAGCCAUUUAGGGUCAUCAAUUGGCAGGGUCGCCGAGGACACGCAGAGAACGCAGAACGCAGCGGGCUGUGAAGAGAAAGCCGCCCAGAGAGAGAGAGAGACGGCAAAAGGGUAGCCAAAUGCACAGCAUGGAGCAACGAAGGAGCAGCACGACGACCACGAUGUGUCUACCAGUUUGGUGUUUGUUGAUGCUCUGUUUGGUGGCUUGGACUUAUGCCGAUGACUGGUCCUUGAGCUGCGCUUCGAACUGCACCUGCAAGUGGACGAAUGGCAAGAAGUCGGCCAUCUGCAGCUCCCUGCAGCUGACCAGCAUACCGAGCACUUUGAGCACGGAGCUGCAGGUGCUCGUGCUGAAUGACAACCACAUACCAUACCUGAACCGGGAGGAGUUCUCGGCUUUGGGGCUGCUCAAUCUGCAGCGCAUUUACCUGAAGAAAUCCGAGCUGCAGUACAUCCACAAGGAGUCGUUUCGCAGCUUGAAGAUCCUCGUGGAGAUCGAUCUGUCGGACAACCGACUGGAGAUGCUCGACAAGGACACGUUCAUGGGCAACGAUCGCCUGCGGAUACUCUACCUGAAUGGCAAUCCGCUGAAGCGCCUCGCCGCCUACCAGUUCCCCAUUCUGCCCCAUCUGCGCACCCUGGACAUGCACGACUGCCUCAUCUCGUACAUCGAUCCCAUGUCGCUGGCCAAUCUCAAUCUGCUGGAGUUCCUCAACCUCAAGAACAACCUGCUGGAGAGCCUCAGCGAGUAUGUGUUCCAGCACAUGGCCAACCUGAAGACUCUCUCCCUCGAGGAGAAUCCCUGGCAGUGCAACUGCAAGCUGCGGAAGUUCCGCUCCUGGUACGUGGCCAGCCGCCUCAGCUCCGUGAGUCUCGUGUGCAAGGGUCCGCCUGCGCAGAAGGAUCGCACCUGGGACAGCGUCGACGAUGAGCUCUUCGGCUGUCCGCCCCGCGUCGAGAUCUUCAACAACGAGGAAGUGCAGAACAUUGACAUUGGCAGCAACACGACCUUCAGCUGCCUGGUGUACGGCGAUCCACUGCCGGACGUCGCCUGGGAGCUCAACGGCAAGAUACUGGACAACGACAAUGUGCUCUUCGACACGGAGAGCAUUGCCUCGGACAAACUGUGGAGCAACCUGACCGUCUUCAAUGUGACCAGCCUGGAUGCGGGCACGUACGCCUGCACGGGCGCCAAUCCCAUCGGGAGCAUGACCCAGAACAUCAGCAUCUACCUCAGCGAGAUUGUGCAGCAUGUGCUGGUGAAGACGCCAGAGACCUUCUGGUACUUUGGCCUCAUCAUGGGCAUCUUUGGCACCGUCUUCCUGCUCAUUGCCAUCUCGUUUGUGGUGUGCCUCUGCAAGCGCACCACCCGCCAGCAUCGCCAUACCAGCAAGGCGGGCGUCAAGUCCAGCGUCAGCUUCAAUGACCAGGAGAAGAAGCUCCUGGACUCGAGUGUCACCACCACCACGAAUGAUCGUGGCGACAGCUACGGCAUCGACAACAAUCCGAACUCGAUCAGCAUCAACAAAGCGGACUCGGCCGGUCUGAGCUUCAACCAGAUCGAGAUCCAUGCCGUGGAGAACCAUCGCUCUGGCCUGGGCCAUGGCACAAUGUUGGUGCACCAGCAGCAGCAGGGGCCGCAUCAACAGGGGCAGCAUCAGCAGCAGGGACAGGGUCAGAACGUGGCACAGCAUAUGCGGCAGCAGCUGAUGACCGUGAAGGAUCCCACAUGCGGAAUGAUGACCGUGCCCACGUCUAUGGCCGGGCACACACACAGCCACACGCAUCCCGGUCAGAUCUCCGAGGAGUUUCCCCUCAAUGUGGGCGUCUUUCCACCGCCACCCGAGUUCUGCUCAAACAUUGUGCCGAAUCCGGCCUUUGGGGGCAACAUCUUCAUUCGCGUCUCCGUCACGCAGGACAUGCUCGACGGCGCGGAUCUCAACAUGUAUCCGGAUCUGCUGAACAUCCCCAAGCGGAUGCAGGACGUCCAGUGCAGCGACGGGGGAGCUGGCACUGUGAGCGUGCCCGAGGGCCAGUUCGCCACGCUGCCACGGCACACCACGCGACGUGGCAUCCUCAAGAAGGAUUCCUCACUGCAGCAGCAGCAGCAGCAGAACCAUCACCAGCAACAGCAGCAGCAAGGCGCCACCACUGGCCUGUAUCCGCACGAUGAGAUCGUGACCUACAACCUGGAUGCCAGCGGAUAUGUGGACUCGCAUAGCCACCAGACGACCUACCACUGCGUGGGCAAUGGCCAGAGUAAUCCCAUGGAGCUGCCACCGCCUCCCCCACCGCCCGCCGUGACGGCUGUGGUGCAGUGCCACCACCCCAACUCCAGUGCCAGCGUCAUGCCACCCGUCUCCGCCGCCAGCUGCGUCAGCUGCAUCAACAACGGCCCGCCACAGCCCUCAGCCUGCCAGACGCCACCCAUCGAUGUGACGCCGCUGCGGCCACUCUGUGGCAAGAGUGGAGGCGGCGGCGUCGAUAGUUCCGCGUACCCCAAGUACGACAACAUGGGACGCCGCAUCACGGCCAGCGGAGGCCUGGGCAACUCCACGCUCUCGCUGCCCGACGACGAGGAGCAGUACGAGAACGAGACGCUCUUCAACGAGAACCAGAACCAGUCCGAGCAGCAGUCCGUCGGCGGAGAGCAGUCGCAGUCGGAUCAUCAUCAGCAGCAGCACCAGACAGAGUCCGGCCAGGGCCAGGACAAGGACAGAGGAGAGUUUGUGUCGCUAUAGUAUUAUGGAACGCAGGUGUAA